UUGCUGCAGGGAGGAGCGACUGGGGUGCAGCGGAGAGAUGAGCUGAGCAUCACAGCCCCGCAUUCAAGGAAACGGACUAUCACAGCACUUGUUUUCUCUCUCUAUGUAUUUAUUUGUAUAACUCCCCGCUGUGUGUUCGGUUCCGUGAAGCUCCAUGAGGUGAAACAUUAUCUCUCAGAAAAGGAGCUCGAUGUGAGCAGGUUGUCUCUGAGGAGCGGGGGAUCUCUGCCCAGUCAAGGAAGACCCCCUCAAUUGUUUCCUGCGCCAAGAACUGUAAAGACAUGGUCAUCACAGCGCAUCUGUGAUGAGCGGCAGGCUGUGUGUGUGAGGAAGUCUCAGAGGAUGUUCCCGAUCUGUGGGCCCCAGUGCUGAAGCUCUGCAGGGCUGACUGUUGGGCCACCAUGUCUCAGCACCAUCAAUACCAGCGAGGCCUUCACGGCCGCACCAUGAGCUCCGAGGACAGGAGCUUCACACCGGUGAACAGGACCGCCGCGCCGGUUCAGAAGAGCGCUUCUUCUUCCUCUUCCUCCCAGCGAGACAGCCGGCAGGAGGCAGAUAGCUGGGAAAUAAUCGAGGGACUGAAAAUCGGUCAGAGCAACGUUCAGAGGCCUGAUAAACACGAGGGUUUUAUGUUGAAGAAGAGGAAAUGGCCCCUGAAAGGAUGGCAUAAGCGUUUUUUUGUUCUGGACAAUGGCAUCCUGAAGUACUCCAAGACUCCGAUUGAUAUUCAAAGGGGGAAGCUUCACGGCAGCAUUGAUGUCGGCCUCUCUGUCAUGUCUAUCAAGAAGAGGGCGCGUCGCAUCGACCUGGACACUGAGGAGCACAUCUAUCACCUGAAGGUUAAAUCUCAAGACAUCUUUGACGCCUGGGUGUCAAAGCUGCGCCAUCACCGGCUGUAUCGACAGAACGAGAUAGUACGCUCUCCCCGGGAGCCCACGAUGCGAACGUUUCCUCCCUCAGCUGCCAUAGAGCCACCCCAACCGCCGCCGAACGUAGUGAACGAAACAAAGCAAGCCAAGUCCAGCAGCUUGCCAUGGCAGCCGGCAGCUCCCAGCAGCAGCAGCAACAGCAGCCUGCAGGCGUCCUACAGCAAUGGUCAGAGCCGGGUGGUAGCUUGGCUUCACGAAUCUGAGGAGAUGGACAAGUGUGCAGAGGAGCUUGCACGCUGCCAGUCCAACCUGACUGAGUUAAGCCGGUUAUUGCAGAGCCUUGAGAUCCUGCAGAGAACACAGUCAGCUCCUAACUUCAUAGACAUGCAGACCAAUUGCGUAGAACUGUCAAAGAAAGAAAAGCGCUUUAACAGAAGAUGGAGAACAAAAAGUGUCGGCAAAGACCCAAAAUUCCAACUGCAGGUCCCUCUAUCUGCCAGCAUGUCUCCUGUCCGCCUCCACUCUUCCAAUCCAAACCUGUGUGCUGAACUGGGGGACUACCAGCCUCCGGUUUCUCGUUUGUCAGACAGUGUGGAGUAUGCCAGUGACUACAUUAAGCUUCAGGAGGAAUUCUGCACUAUUGCCCAGAAAGUCCACUCUCUCCUGAAGUCGGCCUUCAACACUGUGGCCAUAGAGAAGGAGAAGAUCAAACAGAUUCUUUCCGAGCAGGAGCAGUCAGACCAGUCAUCCCAGAUCAUCGCUAUCAGGAAAUCUCUGUCUCUGGCUCUAGCCCAGAAUGCAGAGCUUCGAAGCCGCCUCAACCGCAUCCACUCUGAGUCUAUCCUGUCUGAGCAAGUUGUCAGUGUGAACAUCAUCGCCACGCCUGACGAGGCCGUGGAGCAGAUGGGGAUCCCUCUGACUCAGCAGGCCUCCAAUGAAAGUCGACUCUCCAUGUCGGAGUCCGUCUCAGAGUUCUUCGAUGCGCAGGAAGUGCUUCUGUCAGCCAGCUCGUCGGAGAACGAGGGCUCGGAUGAUGAGUCAUACGUCAGCGACGUGAGCGAUAACAUUUCAGAGGACAACGCCAGCGUGACCGAUAACGUCUCCCGACAAAUGGCCAAUGGAGACUUCGCCGGCAGCUCCUUCCGUAACGGGCGGCGCAUCUGCCUGCCGGCUCCCUGCCCGGACACCAGCAACAUCAACCUGUGGAACAUCCUGAGGAACAACAUCGGCAAAGACCUGUCCAAGGUGUCCAUGCCUGUGGAGCUCAACGAGCCGCUCAACACGCUGCAGCGCAUGUGUGAGGAGCUGGAGUACAGCGAGCUGCUGGACAAGGCCGCAGAGACCGACGACCCCUUUGAGCGUAUGGUCCUUGUCGCUGCGUUCGCCGUCUCUGGCUACUCCUCCACUUACUACAGAGCAGGAAGUAAGCCAUUCAACCCGCUGCUUGGAGAGACUUACGAAUGUAUUCGGGAAGACAAGGGCUUCUGCUUUUUCUCUGAGCAGGUGAGCCACCACCCUCCCAUCUCCGCCUGCCACUGCGAGUCAAAGAACUUCACCUUCUGGCAAGAUGUGAGAUGGAAAAACAAAUUCUGGGGGAAAUCUAUGGAGAUUUUACCGAUGGGAUCUGUGAAUCUCUUAAUUCCCAGGUUUGGAGAUCAUUAUGAAUGGAAUAAAGUCACCACCUGUGUGCACAACAUCCUUAGUGGACGACGGUGGAUCGAACAUUACGGGGAGAUCACCAUCAGAAACACCAAGAGCAGCGCCUGCCUUUGCAAACUUACCUUUAUUAAGGGAAACUAUUGGAGCUCAAAUGUGAACGAGGUCCAGGGAUUUGUGAUGGAUCAAGAGGGGAAAGUGAUUCACAGGCUUUUUGGAAAAUGGCAUGAAGGUCUUUACUGCGGCGUCCCGCCGUCUGCCAAAUGUGUCUGGAGGCCAGGCUCCAUGCCGACAGACUACGAGCUCUAUUACGGCUUCACCAGAUUCGCCAUCGAACUGAAUGAGCUGUGCCCCGAGCUGAAAGACGCCCUGCCGCGUACAGAUGCUCGCUUCAGGCCCGAUCAAAGAUAUCUGGAGGAAGGAAACGUGGAGAUGGCCGCCUCUGAAAAGCAGCGAAUCGAGGAUGCCCAGAGAGCCAGGAGGAAGUGGAACGAAGAGAACAACAUCAAACACGAGCCGCGCUUCUUUAAGAAAGUGAUGGAUGCCAACCACAGGGAGAGGUGGGUCUCCAACAACACGUACUGGGAGCUCCGUAAGAACCCUGGCUUCAUCAACAUGGAGCCCACCGUCAGCCUCUGGUAGCACAUGGAUCAGCAUCCAUGGCAACACCAGGAAGCCCUUACCUAUGCACAGGAGGCGCGUUGGAUAGAAACACUCGCUGCAUGGACCGGAAGGACCGCGGAGUGGAGGGAUGACCUGUUGCCUCGCGUGGGUGGGGGCUGCCAAGUGGUCACCCAUCCAUGGAAACAUCCUCAUCCUGCUUUUUUGAAGCCAGGUCGCAGCUACUACGUAGAUCGCUCCUCUGACUUUCCCAGUUUGUCCUUGCCUUAAAAAGACCCCCAUAUGACUCAAAGGAUUAGGCGCCUUUUAGUUGAAGCCAUUUCGUUUCCAAACAGCAGUUUGGCUUAGACUAGUCUAUGGAGUAGACAUCUGGAUUACCUUCCAUCCGUGCAUGUUUAGAGAGCAGCUUUCUCCGGCAUAAAGCCGUAUUUAUUAUAAGAUCAAAUAUUGUAGAGAAAAAAAUAAGAAGUAUUUUUGUAAAAAAAAAAAAAAGAAAGAAAAAGAAAUCUUGUGUGAAAGAGAAUAACUUGAAUUGGCAGAUUUUAUUUAUUUUUUGCUUUUUAAUACUAAUGAAUCUAUGAAAUGGCAGCAUCUUCUCUGGGGAAACGACUCAUACUAGAUUAACAGAAACAGCGGGAGUAGAUUAACGACGCCCCGCCAACAUGCAGGUUGGUAUUAAACGUACAGCCUGUUGUAAAUAGCUCACACACCGUCUGUCAUGAUGCAAUCAUGUUUAUUGAACAUUUUAAUUUAAAGACACGUGGUCAGAAUGGGUUUCUGUGGAGAGGUGUUUUCCCCACUGUGGGACAAUUAAGGAAUAUUAUUAUUUACUGUUUGCAAAGAAAAAAAGGUAUUUUAUUUCCAUGACCUUUUGAACCUAAACCAUCCCGUUACAACCGUAAACACUGAUGUAUUUUACUGGGAUUUAGGUGAUAGACUUACACAAAGUGAAGCAUAACUUUGAAGAGGAAAGAGAAGACUGUAAUCUAGUGUGUCUUUCGGGGUAUUUCCACUGCAGCUUUGCACGUCUAGACACUAAAAUCUUUGAGACAGCUCAGUUACACAAGAUGGAGAGCCACAUUCUCAUUUCCAUACUGUACAGCAUCCAGCGUUUGCUGGCUUUUCCUUAUUUUGAUCCCUUUCCCCAUUAAAGAUACAGAAUGAAGAUGUUUAAACUAUGAGGCGAUAAUGUAUGUAGCAAACAAAAAAAAUAGUGAAAUAACAUUUUUUAGAUUCUUCCAAAGAGCCCCUCUUUGCACUUUUUUGUUUCAAUUAGCUUCAUAUAAGGAGAUGUGUCCUUUUCAUCUGACCUGAAAAAUAUCUUUUUUAUGUUCGCUUGUGGAAAAACUAUAAAGUCAAUUUAGCUUUCUUUGAAUGGUGGAUUAUUAUUCCCCUCUGUUGUCCAAAGGACAGAUUUGUGGACAGCUGGUAUCACUUAUUCUCCUGAUAGCUCCUCCAUAGCUACCAUGGGUCUCUACUGCAUUUUUCAGAUUAUUCUUCUCCUUUACUGGCCGGUCCUGAUAGAUCUGCUUUUGCUCCAUACUCCAUCCUUGCUCAGAUUAUGGAAAAGGAAAUCCAAAUAUUGGAAUAUUGGCUUUAUGACCCGAUUCCAAUUAAAACUUCUCAACUUUCCCUCCGACCUUUCUGCCGGCUUCUUCAUGAUGCUGUUUGUUCACUUAUUUUCUCCAACAAACCUCUGCAGUGUUGAUAGAACAUUUUGAUUUAUACUGAGAUUAAAUUAUGCUCAAAUAAAAGAGGCUGAAUAGAAAGACUUUCUCCGUUUGUAAAAAAAAAUCUAAUACUCCUAAAUUAUGCAGGACUGUUAGUCUGUGACCUAAAGUCCCAGUAAAAGCAGCUGAGGUUUAUGGUUGUGACGGUCUGUAAAUUUAAAUUGACUGUGAAUUCUUUUGAGAUUUGCAGUUAAAUAUUUAAAGCUCAGUGUAAGAAAACACAAAAUGAUAAAGAUUGUAAAGGUUGGUCAUUAUUACAUCAGCUUAAAAAAAAACAUUUUCCUUUUAACAUUUAAAAAAAAAUUCUGAUGAUCUAAAAAUAUUCAGAAUCUGUCAUUUUUCCAGAUUUGUGGCAAUUUUCUUAAUCAGUUAUUCCAUUUAAAUAUUAGAACUGGUAGGGGACUGUGUAUAGAUAAUGAUGCAACAGCGACACCUACUGGUUUUCAUAUAGAAGACCAGCAGGCUAACUUUUUCAUACUAUAUUAAAUUUUUUUUUUUUGCUUUUUUGUGACCUAAUUAUGUCGAAUUCCCCAGAAAACUUACUGCUAGGACUUUUUGCUUUUACAUAGAACCGGACGGUUGCAUAAAGUUUGUAUAUUUAGUGCAAAACUGAGAAGCUUUAAUGUUUGGAAUAGCUCCUUAACUUUUUAUUUAGUUCUUCAGACUAAUAGAACCUUUAAAAAAUAUCUCACACUGUCCAAAUCUAAAAUGGUUCCCUUAGUCCUGCCCUGCAGGGUGAAAGAAGAUUAUAUAUAUAUAUAAAUAAAUGGGCAGAGUGAAGAUUGCAAACCAAAAAACAGGUAGAUCUGCUUUGCAUUAAUGGGAUUCAUAUACUAUAAAAAAAUAUCUCUUGGAUCACAGUCUUAAUGCUACAUCUCUUUGGUUUCACUUGCUGUGCCUUAAUGCAUUUAUCAAUGCCUCUCACACACACCCCCACACCACGAAGAAGGUAUGCCAUUAAAGAAAGUCACCCUGCACACUCUCCAUCAGCCUGCAGAUGAUUACACACGCUAAGGAUUUCCUUCUGGAAGAAAAAAAUUCGAUUUAAUGUAUUUUCGUUUCGUCUGCAGCACGUUGCUGGUUUAAAGACGUUCUUCACCGGGUUCAGCGACGGCGUCCCAGCAGCUCAAAGCAGUGGUUAGCGUAGUCCUUGUAUCAUAGAAUCAGGAAAAAAAAAUAAAAGAUCUGAAGCUUUUCUUCCCCUUCGCUCCACCUGCAUGCCUAGAAUACAUUAGCUUGCCAAUGAAUGUCUUUGAUGCCUUACAAAGAAAAGGGUUUUUUGUUUUUUAUUCCUUUAAAACUUGGACCCCCUAUUCUUCUUUUUGGACUGACACAUUAUUAAAAGGCACUAAAAAGUCAGCUUGGUUUUAAUCAGAUCUUUUCCCUAGUGGAUACCUUCUAAAGUGCAAUUUUAACUAAGUACAUAUCUCUUCAUGAACACUGUACACUGCUGCUGCAUAGUGCUUGUUCUAAUAAAACAGCAAACGCCAACUGA